AUGGAAGUAGAAAUUUCUUAAAAUUCAUAUUUUACAGAGUCCCUAGUCAAUGAAGUAAUAAAAAAAACAAAAUAAUAUAACCUAAGAAGCAAUAGUUCAAAAAAAUAUGAGCUUAUUGAAGAGGCUCACAGAAAUGAGUCAAAUGAAGACUCAAAUUUGUAACUUAAAAAAAAAAUAGUGAAAAAAAAUAGUAAAUCUGCUAAAGUUAAACCAAAAAAAGCUUUAUGGGUGAGAUUAGAGUAUCCUAUUACUAAUUAAUUAGCAUUUCCUUUAAUUGGGAAUGUUAUAGUAGAAACAAAAUGCAUGGAAAUGGUUGAAAUUAAAUUUUAAAUUAAAGAAAUUGAGAAAAGUAAUAAUUACUUUAGUAUUUGUCCUCGCUAUAUUGAAGCAAAUACAUAAUUUGAUAAUGUUAUAAACAUUUUAGUGAAUUCAUAAUGCUAAAAGAGAUAUUAAUUGUCUGAGCUACUAAAAAAAUACUAAAAUAUUGUUGUAUAGUAAUUAGCUGUAUUUGAUGAAUUAGGCAAAGAGAUUUUAAACCCUAAAUUUCAAUAACUCAUUUCUGAAAGAAAAUAAUUUAAACUCAAAUUUAUAAAUGAUUAUAUAAAAAAAAACUUAAAGGAUGAAGAUUUUUUUGUUGUUUGUAAUAUAGGAACUAAUUUUAUUGAAAAGACUUCUCAUUUAGAUAGCUUACAUAUGAGUAAAUCUUAUUGUUCUCUAAUAGGAGUCGAUGAAGAAUAAUUUUCUAAUUUAUUUCUGAGAUUCAGAUCUCCAUUUCUAUUUUUAUCUCAAAAGGCCAGGGAAUAUAUUUAUGUUUAAUAUUUACAAUCCUACCUUAAAGAUGAUUAUAAUAAUCCAGUUAUUAUUAAAGAUUUUGAAAUAAAUACUUCUGAUGAGUUAACCUUUUACUGUGAAAGUUCUAAGUAAUUUAUUAAAGUUGAAUAUCCUGAUCAUUUAAAGCAUCCUAAACUAGACUAAUUGCAUAUGUUAAUGGAUAAUAUUAAUAUUGGUAAAUUAAACGUAUCUGAGCACCAUCUAAAAUAAAUAAUACAAAAUAGAGCAAUAAGAGGAGAUAAACAAUUUGAAGACUUUGAAUAUUCUUUGCUAUCAUAAAUUUUUAUGGAAAAAUUUUAUCCAUCUUAGUUUACUCAAAUAUAAAAAAUCCAAUAAGAAUAAGAAUAAAAGGAAUUAGAAAUUCUAAAAUAUUAACAAUUACAAAACAAAAUAUGUUCUUAUAGAUUUCUCAAUUAGUUAGUAUGA